AUGCACAGCGGUUGUAAGUUCAACAUGGCAGCCGUCCGGGGCCUUACGUGGGAUAAAACUCAUCAUUUUCUUCGUGGUUGCUGUGUUUUGACUAGCAGGAUUCCGGGCAAUGCUAGAGGUAUAUCACAAGAGAAAAUGCAUGUUCUUACAUCGGAACACGGGUUGUUUAGAAAGGUAAGAUUUUCCAGCUGUAAAUUUGCUUCAAGUAUUGUGCUGCUGUAAAAUCCUGGCCAGGUGUUGAUCACUGAUAGUUCUGAGACUCAUGUAUACGAUGAUCGAUGUAGUUGAUUGUAGCUCAAACGAUUUCUUCUAUUUUAGAUUAAUUUGAAAAUUUCUAAAGUGUGGCUUAUUAAUUUCGAUCUGAGAAGCACGGAGAAAUUUCAAUUUCGGAAAACAGACACUACAUAAAAUUUUGGUGAAAAUCAACUCAACCUGAUCAACGGCAAGAAACUGAGGCUAAGGUCUUAGAAUGACUAGCAUCUAAUUUCUCCAUACAAUAUCACUCCUGAAUCAAACAUUAAGGUCAUUAGAAUUAAUGGAAUGAUCACACUAACUCAAGAAGCUCUUGAUUGUUGAACAACUGAAUUCUUUUUGUCAGCACCUUAGAAAAUUUAUAGAGAACAGUCUUGAGAAUAUACAUACUGAUGUUAGGCUGUAAAAGGUUAACUGGCUUGUGGUUCAGAUAAAUUUGCUUAAUCUUUGUCAACCCUUUAAAAAUAUCAAGGAGGUGGUGUUUACUCCAGAGGUUUACAAACUUGUUGCUUUUCCUUUAAGGCAAUUAGUGGUUCAUUGUGUACUCAAGGUCCAUUCAAAGUCAUGUCAUUCUUGCGACCAAUGAGUAGCCAAUCACAAGGCAGCUUUUUGGUAGACCUUAAGUCCAGCCCAUCAUCAGCUUUAUAUCUUGGCUUUUCUGGCGCCAUCCCUUUCUGCAGCUUAGCUACCAUGGCAUUUAUUUCUCCAGAACACUUAAAUCUGAUUGCUCAUGCACAACAAGCAUAUGGGGCAUGCAUUCUGUCAUUUCUUGGCGCAGUACAUUGGGGUUACACCUUACCAAAGACUAGUGAACUUAAACCAGACUGGAACACACUUGGAUACAGUGUAACUCCAUCUCUCAUUGCCUGGUUGUCCUUACUUAUGAAUCCUGCACCAGGACUGACAACAUUGUGUUUUGGGCUUGCUGUAGCUUUGUGGAAAGAUUUGAAGACAAGUUGUUUUCCCUCAUGGUACAUUGCUUUACGAAAAGCUCUCUCAACUUUGGCAGUGACUUCAGUUGGUUUGACUGCUGCAGUCUUGUAUUUUCAAUAGUCAGACAUAUGUGACUCUUAUAGAGAGGUUCAUUGAUAUUUCUGUAUAAUUUUGUGAAAUAAAUGAAUUGUAAUUUGUUUGCUGCCUUUUAGUCACAGUUAUAUUUUGGAACUAACCUCUUCACAUGGUGGAACUUGGGUUACAAAGGACAUUGUAGAGCCUUUUUGUAAGCACUUUAUAAUUUGAUGAUCUGAAGACAUUGUCGAAAGUUUAUUCACCCUUUAACUCCCAAGAUUUGUUACAAGAAUUUGGUGUUAGAUCUAGGUAACAAAUUUUACCUGAUAAGUUUGAGUAUACUCAUUACCUGUUUACUGGAAAAUGUAUGGAUCUUAUAGAGAGAAGUGAAAUGUAAAUCAUUUUUGGGACAUAGUUUGACGCUACUCUGGUUUACAGAUUUAAUGAAUGUAACCGAAGAUGUUACGAUUUUUUUAUCUUUUAUCGAUGGGUGACAUGUGAAAUUUGCCUUUAUGAGAGCUUUGAAGAGCUGAACGACUAAGAUUUCUGGAAUUUUGUUCAGGGGUUCUAUCUUAGCAUUUACUAUUCUUCAUACAAGUUUGGUACAUCGUCUCAGAGGGAGAAAAUAAAAAUGAGAAAAUUAUCAACCGUGGAGAUAACUUGACCAUUUUCAGAAAGAGAAAACAAGAGCAUCAAACUAUGUCUGAUUGUCCACCUGGUUGCCGUGUGAACUUUAAUAUAUUUCAUUUUUGGGAGUUAACCCUUCAACUCCUAAGAGUGACUAACAUCUAAUUUCUCCUUACAAGAUCAGCCUUAAAUCAAACAUUAAGGUCAUGAGAAUAAAGGAGAUGAUCACCAACUAAAGAGGCGCUUGAUUGUUGAACAAAUUCUCUUUGUCAGAACCCCUAAGAAAUGUCUAGAGAUUAGUGUGGAGAAUAUGCAUACUGAUGUUAGGGAGUAUAAGGUUAAAGGGUUUGUAAGAAUUUUGGAACCACUGGGUUUAUUAAGUUUUGUAUAUUACCCAAUAAAAAGUACUGUAUAGUAGCUAGUGAGUUGGAAGCACUACCAUGAAUUCAACUAUAUAGUAAAAAUAUAAUGUUGAAUUUGGUCCAUUCACUCAAGAUUUAAUGGAGGCCCUUAACUUUUAUCGAUGGGUGACAUGUGAAAUUUGCCUCUAUGAAAGCUUUGGAGAGCUGACCGAC